AUGUCUUGGUUCGGUGUCGCCCCCUUCAAGAAGUUCCCGGCUCCUUUCUUGAAGCCUUACUGGCCCUUCUUCGCCGCUGGCCUUGUUAUCGCCUAUGGCGCCAACUCUGCCCAGAAUGCCAUGAUGGCCUCCGACGAGUGGAAGAACGAUCCUCGCAGCCCCUACGCCAAGCAGGGCGGCAACAAGGCUCACUAA